AUGGGAAUCGGAUGCUGUCCCGCAGCAGACUCGACGCAAAUCCCUGGCCGGGGUUACGCGUCUGGACCCCCGGGAAUGGGAGCUCAUCGGGGUCCUACGAACAUCCCUUCCAAAUUGCGAAGAAACGCACCUUCAAGUCAGACGUGUCAUCCUCUCCGUUUUGCUUAUCUGUAUGGUUGCGUCCAACUUGCCGGCUUCACAAAAAGCGCCAGGGCUCACGCUUGCUGGGUGUACCAUGGUAAACAUUUCUACAAUGUCGAUGCAGUUCUCUAUGAUCGCCCGCUUUGUUUUUUCACACACUUUUCCUCUCGUGAUAAGUCUGGUAGACCAAAUCCUGAAGAUAGCUAUCCACCAAAGGUGAUCAACGAUGCCAAGACUGAGGGCAAGCGACCAAGCUACAAGCCACUACGAGCCGAAGUGAGGCUGGGAGAAGCCAAGUGCACCGCUCCCGAAUCCCGAUGA